CUUGAAAUAUAAUAAAUUCUCUCUAGUGGCAUUCGUCAAUGAAUAUCUUAGAACAACAUAAAGUUUUGUUCCGUAGAACGUUUGGGUAAUAGGUGAAACCUUGAUUCUUGAACUUGUGAUAUAUGGGGGGAUGCUUACUUGAUAUCCCAAUUACAAUGUGAGUUCAAUAUGCCAAGUCCUUCUGAACUUAGGAAUGCUAGAGAUGCUUCUUUUAGGCUCUAUUUCUCUCAGCUAUUAUACGUCUUAGAGAUAUUUCCUUCUUUAGUUUGUUUCCUAGUUCUUGAGUUGUUAGAAUGCUAACUUUCUGAUAAUCUUGUUGUCUUCCUUGCAGUCAACUUUUACCACAUGCUGCUUAUUUAGUGCAUCUGCUUUCAGUGUAUUUAAAGAGAUGUGCAUUGCCAGAAUUGAGGAUAAAGGUUUACUUAAUCACAAGAAUGUUGCUGAUAUCCAUGGGUGUUGGGAUGACAGUAAGCCUGGCACGGGAAGUUGCUAAAAACGCAUUGAUUGAUCUGAAUCCCAUUGUGAAUGAAAGUGGUGGUGCACCUUCUAGUGGAAUCUCAUCAAAGCCUUGUACUGAAGCAUUGCUUCAAACACCGCAAUCUAGCCAUAGAAAGAGGAAGCAUGGAGCUUCAAGCAGAUCUCUUGAGUGGCGUAAGACUAGUAGUUUGGAAGAGGGGAACCCCAAGAACCAUACGUUAUCUCCUAUUCCUGUGAGAAUCGCUGCACUUGAGGCCUUAGAAGCUCUUGUCACUGUGGGUGGUGUAUUGAAAUCUGAAGGAUGGCGAUCUGAUGUUGAUUUUCUUCUGAUGAACAUAGCUACAAAUUCUAUGAAAGGGGGACAGGCUGGUAAUAACAAAAACAUUUACCAGCCGAAUGAACCUGUUGAUAUUUGGGGUGAUUUUCAGCUUGCUGCUCUACGAGCACUUUUGGCAUCAUUACUUUCUUCUUGUGUCCGCCCCCCUUAUUUAGCUGAGGGUCUUGAUCUUUUCCGUAGAGGCAAGCAAGCAACUGGAACCAAAGUUGCUGGAUUCUGUGCUCAUGCUCUUUUGACCUUAGAGGUCCUUAUACAUCCCAGGGCACUCCCACUAUCAGGUUUCUCUGAUGGAGUUAGCCACAAGCUCCCAGAAAACAUGUACCCUAGUAGUGUAAAGCACCGAACACCGUUUUCAAGUGACUUACAGGGAAUGGUGUAUGAUGCUUCUGAUUCAGAUUGUGACGACCUAUAUAAUAGCUGGCUUGCAACUGGUAAAGAAAUGGAAGCACCGAAGAGUGACCUAGACAAGACUAUGCAGGCUGGAGAGCCAUCCAAAGCUCUAACAAUUCAUCGGGAUAAAAAACUUUCUGUAGAUGGUUCAUUUGGUAAAGAGACUCUAGGAGGAAGUGCACGGGAGCUUGAAGUACCCAUUAAGGAUGUGGAGAUGAGAGUCAAUGGGGCUGAAAAUAUGGUUGAAUCCUGCCAAUUUCAAGAAUCCGCAAUGCAACUUGAGAAUGAUCUGUCUUCAAAAGGUGCCUCAGUGUCUCGAACUACAGUUGUUGAGGAAGUCUUUGGGAGGGUUUUUCUGGGAAAUGGUCCAUCAGAUCAAGCAGGUAGCACUACGGUUACAAGCCAUGAUGUGGUGGUGGCUAAGGGUGAUGGGUUUCUUGGCAGAGAGAGUAAUUCGGCGUCUGCUUCAAAUCCUGAGAAGGGCAAGGGAAUCGCAUAUGAACUGGGCACUGAUUCAGAUGUGGAUUCAUUUCCUGAUAUUGUGGAUCCAGAUUCUGAUUCUGAAUGAUGUGUAAGAGUUUUUGGUUUAUUGAGUUUGUUUUGUAGAGGUUCUAGAAUUCGUCUUGGGUUUGGAGGAAUCAGGGAGUUGGUUUACAUUGUUUGUUCGUGUCGUUAGACAUCUUAGACAAGGGUCUGGUGAAGGGGAAGAAAUUCAGAAAUUGGCUCAAGUGUCUGGUUAUCUUUUUGUAACGAAGUUUUACUUUUACACACUCAUGAUGUUUAUUGAGAUGUUAAAGAAGCUAUUCCUAACCUUUUAUGGAAGUUUUGCCAAAAUGUCAAUCGGUUACGUAAUG